CUCCCUCUCCCUCCCGCACCCCGACGCCCGGAGCAACCUUCGCCUCAUCCCGUAUCUCCACGACUUCAUCCCAGAGCUCUACACCAGGCAAUCGGAAAUGGAUAAUUGGUGUUUGUGCGAUGGAUGCAAAGGCUCGCAGUAAGCCUUGCAGGAAUAUCCUGAAUAGGGUGAUGCAGCCUCAGGAGGGCGAGACCGAGAGUAUGUUUGAGACUGUGGUAUUUGGUGAUAAGGUUAUUCUUGAUGAAGAUGUUGAGAACUGGCCUGGCUGCGAUUUUCUUAUCUCGUUCUUCUCCUCGGGAUUCCCCUUGGAGAAAGCGAUCCGGUACGUUCACCUCCGCAAGCCAUUCUGCGUCAACGAUCUUCCUCUUCAGCGAAUUCUUUGGGACCGUCGCCUCGUACUCGCCGUCCUUGACGCCAUAAAGGUACCCACGCCCUACCGUGUCGAAGCUCACCGCGACGGAGGCCCGCGCAUCGAGAAAUCCCUCGCCGGCAAACUUGAGCGAGUCCUGGGUUUCAAGAUCGAAAAGAGGAAGGAUAGUGUUGUGGAGAUGAUUGAUGAGGAUACACUUUCCGUCGAUGGAAAGACGAUCAAGAAGCCUUAUGUGGAGAAGCCUGUGAACGGAGAGGAUCACAACAUUCAUAUCUACUACCCUAAGGGCAAGGGUGGUGGUGGUCGUCGUCUGUUCCGGAAGAUUGGGAAUAAGAGUUCGGAGUUUGAUCCGACGCUUGACAAACCGCGCAUGGACGGAUCCUUCAUCUACGAGAAGUUUAUGGAUGUGGAUAAUGCGGAAGACGUCAAGGUUUACACCGUCGGACCUACCUACUCUCAUGCUGAGACGAGAAAGAGUCCGGUGGUCGAUGGAAUGGUCCGUCGUAACACCUACGGCAAAGAGAUCCGUUUCGUCACUAACCUUACGGAUGAGGAAAAAAGCAUGGCUGCCCGUAUCGCUACCGCAUUCGAACAGAACGUCUGUGGAUUCGACUUGUUGCGUGCGGAUGGCAAGUCGUACGUCAUCGAUGUCAAUGGCUGGUCUUUCGUGAAGGAUAACAACGAAUACUACGAUUCAGCAUCGAAAAUACUGCGCGAAAUGUUCCAGCUCGCGAUCAAGAAGCGAAAGAACAGGAUUCCGUCGAUAUAUGAGGCUCUGAACCCCGUCCCCUCUGAGAAGAAUGCAUGGAGGCUCAAGAGUACCGUCAUCGUUCUUCGUCAUGCGGAUCGCACUCCUAAGCAGAAGUUUAAGUUUUCGUUCAAGAGUCAGCCGUUCGUGAACUUGAUGCGCGGACAUACGGAGGAGGUCAUUAUCCGGAACAUUGAUGAGUUGAGGGCAGUGUUGGCUGCAACUGAGGAGGCUAUCGCGUUGAAGAGUGAGGACAUGGAUAAGUUGGAGUUAUUGCACAAUGCGCUCGUGAAGAAGAUGGACUUACCCGGUACCAAGGUUCAAAUUAAGCCUGCAUACAACAAGGAAGACGGGCAUCUGGAGAAGUUGCAGCUUAUCUUGAAGUGGGGUGGUGAGUUUACGCAUUCGGCUCUUUACCAAUCGAAGGAGCUUGGAGACAGUAUGAGGAAGGAUAUGCUUCUUAUGAACAAGAAGAUCUUGGAUGAUGUCAGGGUUUAUACUUCGUCGGAGAGGCGUGUCACGACUUCAGCUGAGAUCUUUGCGUCUGCGUUUUUGGAGAAGGAGAAGCUUGAGGAGGGGUUCCUUACCGUUAGAAAGGAUCUGUUGGAUGACUCGAACGCGGCCAAGGAUAUGAUGGACAAGGUCAAGAAGAAGCUCAAGUCUCUUCUUCGUCUCGGUAUGGAUGCUGUUGGCGAGUUUGCGUGGCCCAAGGACGUGCCUGAGCCCACUGUUGUCAUGUCCCAAGUCGUCGAGCUCAUGAAGUUCCACCGCGCAGUCCUUCGCCAGAACUUUGCGAGCAUGAACGAAGAGCAACUCUUCAAACUCCAGAACAAGUGGUGCUGUGCCGAAGACCCCGCUCUCUUCCGCGAACGAUGGGAGAAGUUGUUUGUGGAGUUUUGUGAUACGGAUAAGGUUGAUCCUAGCAAGAUCUCUGAGUUGUACGAUACGAUGAAGUACGAUGCCCUUCACAACCGUCCGUUCUUAGAGAACAUAUUUUUGCCGCAGGAUGAUUCCGGUUUGGGUGAUUCCACAGACUCCACCACGUCCCGACAAAACUCCGAGAUGGGUAAUAGGUGGUACGCGAAGAAGGAGUCCGUGGACAAGGAACGCACAAACGAGAACCCGAGGUUGAAGAGGCUGAGGGAGCUCUACCGCUUGAGCAAGAUCUUGUUCGACUAUGUCUCACCGCAGGAGUAUGGGAUUACGGGUGAUGAAAAGUUGGAUAUUGGGUUGUUGACGAGUAUGCCGUUGUUGAAGCAGAUCAUCUGUGAUUUGCAGGAGGCGAAGAAGAGCGAUCAUGAACAGGCGUUUGUUUACGUCACGAAAGAAUCUCAUAUCUGGACUCUGCUCAACAUCAUCUACGCCACGCUCAACAACAACCAGAUCCCGACACGUAUCGCACGGAACGAGAUCCCCGAACUCGACUACCUGACUCAAAUCAACUUCGAGAUGUACGAGCGCACCCCUGUUCACUCCCUCGGCGACCUGAAGGAGUACUCCAUGAAGAUCACUCUCUCCCCCGGGGCCCACUCUCCCGACCCCCUCGACCUUCAACUCGACGCCAAGCACUGCAUCUCCUGCCAGCCAAGGAAAGCAUUGACGAGACAUCUGGAUGUAGGACAUUUGAUCAAGAUGUUUGAGAAUACGUUCAACCGGGUCGAGUUGCCGAAGAGGUUCAUUCCUGUGAGUUUGAGUGCGAGUAUUCAUGAGGAUAGGGAUGAGGUCGAGUACGAUGUCGUAUAGAUUACUUAGGAAUCCCCAUUCUGUAUGAUCAUUGAAGCUGCGAGCAGAGCCGGUAGAAGGGUUGCUCGACUGCCGGUACCGGUGACGCACUUUCACAUGCUCGGCACCCUCCCUAUAUAAACACGAGCAUCCUACCGUCCUCCUCCUCUUCCCCAUGAGGAAUCCUACCAUCCUUCUCUAGAUUGAACAACGCCCAAGAUGAUCGACCACCUCCUCGGCCGUCCCUCAACAGACCUCAAACGCCUCCAAGUCCUCCUCGUCGCCCUCUCCUGGCUCGUCUUCCUGAGAAAAGGCCACCCAAACGGCCCACCCCUCCUCCGACGCUUCUUCCGAUGGCUGGGUCGGCGAGAGGUCAGGGGUAGGGUUACGAGUUGGCAUGUGUUUUGUUUGACGAUGACGGGGAUGUACGUUCUCAAGAAUCUGGAUAAGUUGUUGGGAUUGGGUGCGCCGGAGCCUUUGGCCAGAAUG